UUCGAUUUGAAAAAAACAAAUCAUGUAAAGUUAAAGCACAAGUGUUAAUUGAAUCAAAUAAUAUGAUGGCGCUACCACUGGUCAUCGAGUUAAGUUCUAAUUACUAUUGUUCUCAUAUCACGAUAUGAUAUAGUUAUUAUAUAAAGAGAAUUUGUGGUGACGUUCCCAACUUUAAAUUCGAGAGCAUUAAGUCAUAAAUGCCUAGACUGUUCUACAAUUUUUGUAACGCUUCUUGAAACAUGUAACUUAGAGAACAGUCUAAAUUUCACAAUGGCAGACGAAAUGGAAAUUGAUCAACAUGAAAAAGAACAUGGGCAAAAACCCGAAAAAAUGUUCACCUUAAAAAAAUGGAAUUUAGUAGCAAUGUGGAGCUGGGAUGUUGAAUGUGACACCUGCGCAAUAUGUCGGGUACAAGUUAUGGAUGCCUGUUUGAGAUGCCAGUCAGAAAACAAGCAAGACGACUGUGUUGUUGUCUGGGGAGAGUGUAACCACUCGUUUCACAACUGUUGCAUGUCGCUGUGGGUGAAACAGAACAACCGGUGUCCUCUUUGUCAACAGGAGUGGGUUGUACAGCGUAUUGGAAAAUAGCCCUCAGACUUGUGGAUGUGGUUGUCUCCCUUUACAGUCUACCUCUCCACAACAGAUGUCGGCGGCUUCCAACGUUUGUGGGAAAAACAUGCAGAAUAAGGAAUAAUCAACUCCAUUUUGUGCCUCGUCAUAAAAACUUUGAACUCACUCACUGGGAAAAGCAGUAUCUCGGAUUGUAAGAAUUCGUAACAUUUUAAACACUAUACAUAUUAGGUAAACACUUCAUUAAAUUGCACAAUACUUUUUAUUAUCCUGACACGUUUCGUAAAAUCAGUACUACACACAAGCUCGUUUAAUAAUCUCUAUGUAUUGGGGUGGGACAAGGAUAUGAUGUUGAGGUAGCCAGAAUCUACCCCCCCCCCCCCCCCGUUACUCAACCCUCCACCGAAUGGGGAACUAAUGAGUACCACCUCCUCCUGCAUUGCUGCCAUCUUCCUCUGCUUGUGUUGACCAUCAAUUGUAACCUAUAAUUCUCUGUUUCUGCUACUUGGAGUAUCUCAAAAUGAAUUUUGUAUGAAACACAAAGGUAACUCGAUGUACUUAGAUGGAACUACGUGUAAACCUGGCAUCGUGAAGUUAAAAUUGACAAAUUACAGGUAGCAAAAAGAAAAGUUCAGAUAUUAAAAAUACACUUGUGGAAUUAACAGCGGGACUGACAGUCUGUUUCUCACAACUUUGAUCCUUCUGAAAAUAAAUAUUUCCAUAGGCAUGAAGUGUGGGACAGAGGCAUUACUUAUCAACUGACAAUUAUACACACCCCACCCCUAAAGGCAAUUUAAUAUAUAACCCACACACAUUGUUCUCAGCAGUGAGAUUUUGCUUUUAUUUUAUAUGGAGGACAGAUGAUGACUGCACCUUUGGGGGAGUGAUCUAUAAUUUUUGUUUAUUUGAUUUUUUAACUGGAGUAGCACUGCAUCACUGCUCCCUCCCCUCUGCUUUGCUACUUUCAACACCUUUGCAGGGUUUGCAGUUUGCAUGCUCACUUGAAAAUCUGGGACCUAAUUCACUAACCUCUCGCAACUUUGCGAUCUCGCAGUGCAAUGAUAAAAGACUUGCAAAGAGGAUGCUUUGUUGUCUAGCAGAGCCUAAGAGACCUUUGUGAAUUAGGCCCCAGCAAACAGGCAAAUGUGCUAGAACUUGAAACAUGGAAAUCUGAUACAGAAAUAAAAUUGUUUGUAACCAAAUAAUGGUCAUUGCAGUUUUGCGGUCAUAUGUGUUUGCAUCAUGAUUGCAGUGUGUGGCCUAUGUGUAACGUGUCACCUGCAUAACAUACAUGUAGCAGUACCAAGGAAGGUAAUUCAGUGUUGCCACUUUAUACUUUUCUCACAUGAAAAUAACUAUUAUCUGCAAAAAAUAACUUCAGAAAUCCAAUAUCAAAUUUGACCAUCGUAAGAUUUGCGCUUUGCUAGUCUUUUUUCAGGAGUGGUUUGUUCUUUGUUGAGUGGAGUGUUUGUAGAACUCUGAUCCUGCUGCUCUCAGUGACCAAGUGACAGGGUACUGAAAUAUGCAGAACGGAGUGUUCAACAAUCACAAAUCCUCAAAACAUCAUACACACCAUUCCUUGAAGUUGGUCAUAUAAGCAGCAAACAUUAUUAGGACAAAGUUAGCAAAAGUCAUAUGGUUUCAUAUGGUUAUGAUGAAAAAUUAUGCUUUUUUAAUACUUUUUUAGACCAUUUUGAUACUUUUGGGGGGCAAGAUUCCAUAUUUUUUUUUUUUAAAUGCAGAGUGGCAACACUGGUAAUCACAUUAUCCACAGAGUAACAUUAUCUAUAGAAACCAGAUACAGAAAUACAUUUAUUUGUUACCAAAUAAUCGCCAAUGCAGUUUUGCUCCAAUAUGUGUUUGCAUCAUGAAUGCGGUGUGUGGGCAAUGUGCAAUGUGUCAUCUGCAUAACAUAGCAGUACCAAAGGAGGUAAUUGCAUUAUCCACAUCAGUAGCCUUUCUUUCGAUACACCAUUCGGAUGAAAUCUCUUUUUGUAUGAAGUCUGUGAACAAGUUAAAAAGUGGGUCUUGAAAGUCCUUGAAUUUUGUUUUCAAAAGAUUAUUUGAAUCCUGCUGUUUUAUACCAUUAAACCUUGUUUUCUUCGGGUGACAAUCAUUUGUGAAUGUACCUAGUACGACAGCAUAAAAAGUAGAGGUGUGACUGUCGUGAUGUGGGCAAGCGAAUCUACAUAUAGUCCUUCCCAUUGGGAAUGCUUUUUUCAUAUUAUGUAAUGUACUACAAGUUAUUUAUUUCUGAGCCGAUUGUUUUCUAAAUUGCACACAAAAACAGUAGUUUUCUUGUUAUUUCCAAAACACUUUUACUUUAAUUCUUACGUCAAACCAAACUAAGUACAAAACAAGAAAAGGUAGUCCCUCUGAAACUAAGGCCUGUGAUGUUACUUGUAUAAAAUCAUAUGCAUUGCAAUAAAGCUGGCUUAAUAUCACCGUAUCAUAACAUCCGUAAUACAAAUACACUGUGCUACAUCACAAGGUUUAAAUAUUUCUUUCUCAAAUCUAAUUUAAUGUCCAUGGGAAGUUUAACAUCAAUUUUUAUAAAAUUGUGAUUUUUUUUUGUACAGCUUGAUAAGCAUGUACAUCAGAACUAGAGACUAUGUUGAAAAAGUUAUAUGCGUAGACUCAAUCUAAUUAAAAUUAGCUCCACUAUUACAUGUGGAUCUAACAGCAGCCCGUUGGAGCUCAUGUUCAGUUGACCUUUCAUUCAACCAAUCAAAACCUUACUUGCAAAAUCAUGCCAGUGAUU